AAGGAAGAAGUGUUUCCUUCUCCCCAAUCUGUGUGACUGAGCUGAGUGAGAGUGGGUGCUAUAGAAGCAGACAGCCAGGCCUGAGAGAGCAAUCUGCCCGCCGCUCCACCCCAGCCGACCCACGCCACCCAGGUAACAUAAGAGAAAGAAAAAUUACCACGACGAGUUCCCGCGAUGGAAGCAGACGUCGACAUGCGGGACUCCAUCUCUCCGGGCAAGCGUGGGCAGCCGGAUACACCCCCUGACGACAUCCCGGAAAGGUCCCGCUGCUGCACUGCCCAAGAUCAUCCCCAAGCCCCGGACGAGUACGUUAAGGCCUCGUUCCUGCUCCGAGGUACUUUAGGGGGGCGUCUUUUCGCCAACCCGGCCAAGGUCUCUCGUGUCCUCCAUGACUCCGCCUUCGGGAAAUACAUCAUCGAGGGGGAGACUCGAUCCCUAGGGAAUGGCUCAUCCCUGAUAGUGGCGGUGUGGGCCUACACCCUCCCCAAGGUCCCCAUGCUACAGUCACCCUCCUUCACCCUAGGUGAGUGGCCUGUUACCUGUCGCAGAGCAGACCGGGAGAGCGGUACCUACCACUACGCCAAGGUGGGGCCCCUGGCGGACGACACCACCCUUGAGGAGGUCCGGGAUGGCUUCCGUGUCCUGGAGGGCAAUGAGGUGGUGGAACUCACCUGGCUUCCUCCCCACAGCCUGCCACGCUUCGCCACUGGGAAGUGGCUCAGACUCAAGAUGAGAGGUUCCCCACCCAGCAAGGUAGCCAUCGAUCAGCUGGUGUUCUACCCACGCCCCAUUCUCCUCCCCCUCCUGCGCUGCCCAGGGUGCCUUAUGUUAGGGCACUCCAUCAACACCUGCAGGUCCUCGGUCCGCUGUGCCCGUUGCAGUGGUCCCCACCCCUCCCGAAAAGGCGACAAGGAUGAGGUAUGUGGCAAGCCCUUCCACUGUUUCCAGUGUCGGGGUUCCCAUGGGCCCUGGUCACUUCAUUGCCCCCAUAUCCUCCAUGCCCAGCAGCUGUACACCCGCCUGGCGAGUGAAGGCAAACCCCUCCCUGAAAUUAACAAGCAGCUGAGGGCCCUCCAGUUUCCCCGACCACAGCGACGGACUCCUACAACAGCCAUCCCUUCUCCUACCAUCCCAACCCGCUCAGCUGCUCGGGUUGUUGAGCCGGGGUGUUCCUUCGCCUCCGUUGCCACAGGGAACAGGUAUGCUGCUCUCCAAGACCUACCCAUUGAAGCUGCUAAUGUCGCCCAGGAAGAGGACACCAUGCUCACUCCUCACAUCCCUACACCACCUGCUACCCAUGUUGCCCACCAUCGGAGGAAGCCAGGUAGGCGUUCGGGUGUACAGCCUCCUCCGCCCACCCCGAUACCUGAUGCUGAGCCUGGGCUCCUGCCUGUCACAGUUGAGGCCGAGGUCCACCACCCUCCCAGGAAUGCUCGUCACCCACAGACACCCCACCAUCACCCUCGUCAAGCACCUGGCCAGUAUUCUAGCCUACCUCCACCUUCUCGACCCUCCUCUCCACCCCAGGACUCCACCAUUCCUACAGCCACUGUCAGUACGUCUCCUCUGUAUCUGAGCUCCUCCCCAGCAUCCUCGACCUCCUUUGGCAUGGCUACCACCUCUACCAGAAAGGAGUGUCUUUCCCGGACAUUAUCACCACCCUCUGGCCCUCUGUCUCCACAAUCCUGA